GUGGAAGCACCGUGCGGGUAAAAACGAUCCAAAUUCUCAAGACUUGUGGCUUGCUCUGCCUUUUCUUGCCAAACCAGUCACCAUCGAGCUGUUGUUGAACGUACAACACUUUUCGUCCCGUGAUCAUCCCGUGCAAAGAGCGUCUCCGGGCACACAGAGUUCUCUUCUUUUUUUUUGUGUAUUUUCCCCUCAAUACAUCCCGCUGAAUUCCUCGCGAAGCGCAUUUUUCGGUAUUAAACCCACAAGAGAAGAAAUCCCGCAUUUUGGCAUUGGUGCGACCCAUCUUCGUUUUUUUUCUCUUCAUCUUCAAUUCUUGUGCUGCGCUCCCGAGUUCCCAAUUAAGGCGCGCACGUAGCAAUUAAAAAGUUGUUUCCUGUGACAAAGAUCGAGUGGUUGCGGUAUUGUUUCAUUUAUGAUUUGUGGUGUGACAAAGAGUGCAGAAAAGACUGAGAAAAGAAGCACAAAGUGGUGAAGAUCGGGAACGACACGAAAAAAAAAACAUGAAAUCCACCGUGGACUAGAAGAUCGCUGCGCAACAGCAUCCGGAGAUAUUGUGUGACCACGCAGUGCACAAGGGAGCUAUACGGGAAGCUUUUUAUGAAUUCACCUACGAGGGGAGCUUCUUCGUUGCUAAUUAAUUGCUUUGAAGAGAAGAAAAUUUGACCAAUCUCUUUAACUUGGCAAAAUGCCGGAUCUCUGGCAAAACAUCUGUCUCCACAUCCUACUGACUUGCCCUAUAUUCGUGAAUGUCUGGUCGCGGCACGAUCACUUGUACAUGGGGCUCGAUCAUCGACACCACCAUCACUUGCACUUUGAGAAGGACAAUGAUCUCUCGCUGUGGAUCAAUGAGAUGCAAGUGAAGAUGUUUAGUGGGUUCUCAAUGAAAAUAUUUGCAAUUGAUAAUGGUAAGGUAUCACCCCAUAUAAAGGAUCCCAAUUUCAAUAUCUACCUUCCAACAAUACCGAGUGAAGUAAGUUAUGUGAAUUUUACAUGGAAAUCCGGUGCCAAAAAAUAUGAUUAUCAUUUCGAUAGAUUGCAAUCAUUAGAUGAAAAUAUUCUUAAGCCACCCACAAUAUCAAUUAAGACAAAGGGGCGUGUCCCACGAAACCCUAAAGAAUUUAGUGUUUUAUUGCCAUGCUCGGGUAAUGUAUCGGGUAUUGCAAUGUUCAGCAUUGGUUUGCUCAUACAGACACGCAAGGGUAAACCCCUGCCCGGUACCCCCCUUAGGCUCACCCUCAAGAAGGAGUGCGCCCAUAGAGGUGUGUAUGACAGAGCUUCUCUAACGGCUUCGCAAGGUCCAGAUCCUGAAUGUGAUAAGAAGUGCGCAAAUAACGGAUGGUGCAAUCACGAAAAGAUCUGCCAAUGCCCAGAAGGCUACAUGGGUCAGUACUGCACGCAAGCAUUGUGCUACCCACAGUGCCAGAAUGGGGGCAAUUGCACGGCACCUGCCGUCUGUUCGUGCCCUAAAGGAUACCAGGGACGUCACUGCGAAGGAGGUAUCUGUACGGAAAAGUGCCUAAAUGGCGGGAAGUGCGUCCAGAAGGACAAAUGCGAAUGCCCCAAAGGAUAUCUGGGGCUUCGCUGUGAGAUCUCUAAAUGCACCAUCCCGUGCCAGAAUAAUGGAAAAUGCAUUGGGCCCAACAAGUGUCGCUGCCCACCGGGAAUCUCCGGGGAGCACUGCGAAGUUGGCCGGAGACAGAGAUCAACGUGCAAGAAGCCCUGCAAGAAGGGUGUGUGCAUGCCUGACCACAAAUGCCUCUGCUUUGAGGGGUGGUUUGGUAAAUUCUGUGCCCGCAGAGAGAAGCAUACGCGCCCCAAUUACCACAGCAGCACCCUCAGGAAGAAGCGGUGAAGAUGGUAUUGACUGCUCAUCUCUCUCUCAAGAAAAAAAACCCUCCAAUUUCUCAACGCAUGCCCCCAGAACUUGGGAUCUCCUUCUGUGUCUCGUCUCAAGACCUCCCAUUGAAUUCGUUUUUAUACUCUAUCUCUAAUGUGAUAAUAAAUUUACUUAAAAAAAAAAGAGAGAAAACUCACCUGAUGCG